UGCAAUUCUUAAUCAUGUCUUUGAACACCAACAAAUCUGAAUCUGAGUGGAAUUAUUCAGAAUCAGACAUUGCUCAAAAAUUCCUUUUAUUCAAUGUUCUUAAAGACGGUCGAGUCCAUGUCUUGACUCCCCCUGCUGAGAGUGUCCCUCCUUCCUUUGGUACCACCCCUGAUGUCUUAACCAAAGACGUCGAAAUCUCUACUGAAGUCUUUGCCCGAAUCUCCAUCCCUUCCUCUGCAUCCACCAACGCGUGCACCACACAAAAACUCCCUGUCGUGUUUUACCUCCAAGGAGGAGGCUUCUGCAAGCAGUACGCCUUUUCUGAGGAUUCCACACGCUUCGGUUCUGAUAUAGCCGCUGAAGCCAAUGUCAUUUUCAUCACAAUUAAGUACGGCAUUUUCCCUGCACGCCCUCUUCCUGCGUGCUACGACGAUUCAUGGGCUGCACUCCAGUGGUUGGCGUCUCACAGUAAGGGCACUACCGGACCUGAACCUUGGAUCAAUGAUUACGCCGAUCUUGGCCGGAUCUUCGUGGGUGGAAACUCUGCAGGAGGAAACAUAUGUCACACAUUAUUAGCUAAAGCAGGGUCAAUGGGACUACCUGGGGAUGCAAAGGUUGAAGGGAUGAUAUUAAUUCAUCCUUAUUUUGGAGAAGAUGAUAAGAUGUGGAUGUACAUGUGUCCUACAAAUGAAGGGCCUCAGGAUCCUAGGAUGAAGCCUGCUGUAGAGGAUCUACCUCGCAUCGUGUGUGGCCGGGUAUUGGUUGUGUUGGCUGAGAAAGAUGUGUUGUAUGGUGCAGGAAAUAUGUAUGCAGAGGAGUUGAUCAAGAGUGGUUGGAAAGGGACAGUGGAGAUCAUGGAGAACAAAGAUAAAGAUCAUUGCUUCAAUUUCUCUAAUUUUAUGGAUCUUGAGGCUAUUGCUAUUCGUCAACGGAUCGCUUCCUUCAUCCAUAAUCAAAGUUAAUUAGCUAUGAUUCCAAAGUCUUGUAUGAGGCGGACUUAUUAUAAUAAAUUUUAAAUGGAGAAGAUCAAUCAUUUGAAUAAUUUAUAUUGAAAAGCUCUUGUGAUGGUUUUUGUAUACGAUAAUGCACUAAUUAGAUGAAAACUAUGAUUUAGUCAUGGCUGACAAUUACUAUGUAUGUGAUUUAUGAGUCAAUUUAAAGAUAUGGAGAUUGGUCAAAGCU